CUCCAUGGCGGCGGCGGCGGCGGCUGGCCCGGUGCUCUGGAGGCGGCUGCUGGGCCUCCUGCCUGGCCGCCCAGGGCUGGCCGCUCUCCUGGGGCGCCUGUCCGACCGCCUCGGCAGGAACCGGGACCGCCGGCGCAGGAGGUCUCCAUGGCUGUUAUUGGCUCCCUUGCUGUCCCCAACUGUUCCCCAGGUCACCUCCCCACCUUGCUGUCUAUGUCCUGAGGGUGUGCACAGGUUCCAGUGGAUCAGAAACCUGGUUCCAGAGUUUGGAGUCUCCAGUUCUCACGUCAGGGUCCUUUCUUCCCCAGCAGAGUUUUUCGAGCUCAUGAAGGGGCAGAUAAAAGUAGCCAAGAGGCGGGUCGUGAUGGCAUCUCUUUACCUGGGGACAGGUCCUUUGGAACAGGAACUGGUGGAUUGCCUGGAAAAUACUCUAGAAAAGUCACUCCAAGCAAAGUUUCCUUCAGACCUCAAGGUCUCCAUUCUCUUAGACUUCACACGGGGCUCAAGAGGCAAGAAGAACUCUCGCACAAUGCUGCUUCCGCUCUUGCAGAGGUUUCCAGAACAGGUCCGAGUCUCCCUCUUCCACACGCCAAACCUCCGUGGCCUUCUCCGGCUCCUUAUCCCCGAGCGCUUCAAUGAGACGAUUGGUUUGCAGCACAUUAAGGUCUACCUCUUUGACAACAAUAUCAUCCUGAGCGGUGCAAACCUGAGUGACUCCUACUUCACCAACCGCCAGGACCGCUACGUGUUCUUGCAGGACUGUGUGGAGAUAGCCGACUUCUUCACAGAGCUGGUGGAUGCGGUGGGGGAUGUGUCCCUGCAGCUGCAGGGGGAUGACACAGUGCAGGUGGUGGACGGGAUGGUGCACCCUUACAAAGGUGACCGGACUGCAUACUGCAAGGCAGCCAAUAAGAGGGUUAUGGACGUGAUCAACUCAGCAAGGACCCGCCAGCAGAUGCUCCAUGCCCAGACCUUCCAUAGCGACUCCCUUUUGACCCAGGAAGAUGCUGCGGCAGCUGGUGACCGGAGACCAUCCCCUGACACCUGGAUUUAUCCACUGAUCCAGAUGAAGCCCUUCGAGAUUCAAAUUGACGAGAUUGUCACCGAGACCCUGCUGACAGAGGCUGAGCGUGGCGCCAAGGUCUACCUCACCACUGGCUACUUCAAUCUGACCCAGGCCUACAUGGACCUGGUCUUGGGCACACGGGCUGAGUACCAGAUCCUGCUGGCCUCUCCAGAAGUGAACGGCUUCUUUGGGGCCAAGGGCGUGGCCGGUGCCAUCCCUGCAGCCUACGUGCACAUUGAGCGGCAGUUCUACAGCGAGGUGUGCAGCCUGGGGCAGCAGGAGCGGGUGCAGCUGCAGGAGUACUGGCGGAGGGGCUGGACGUUCCAUGCCAAAGGCCUCUGGCUGUACCUGGCAGGGAGCAGCCUGCCCUGUCUCACGUUGAUUGGCUCUCCUAAUUUUGGGUACAGGUCAGUUCACCGGGACCUGGAGGCCCAGAUUGCCAUCGUGACAGAGAACAGAGCCCUGCAGCAGCAGCUCCACCAGGAGCAGGAGCAGCUCUACCUGAGGUCAGGUGUGGUGUCCUCCGCCACCUUCGAGCAGCCCAGCCGGCAGGUGAAGCUGUGGGUGAAGAUGGUGACUCCGCUGAUAAAGAACUUCUUCUGAGGACAGACAGGAAUGGCCUUGAUGAAGAUGACGGGCAUGGCCGGCGUCAGGUCCUUCAGCCGCGCCUCGGCGAUGACUCCAGUCUGCGUGU